CCUUGUCAUGCAGUGGCGUGAGGGGAAAACACUCUGGAGACACAGUCCUUUUGUUUAAAAUAGAAACUUUCAGGAAGCCAAGUGAACACAUGACAAAUUACUGAAUACCCCGUUCUCCGGGAGGGAAAAAAAGAAAAAGAAAAAGCAGCCCCUUCAUUUCUGAAUGAGAAGGGGAAUUGCUGGUCCCCAAAACCCACGUUUCCUUUUUGGUGGAAUGCUCCAGCCAAGCUUGGCGCUAACGCGGUAGGCGAUUUCACUUCGCCGUCACCUCACAAAAGACUUCCAAAUUCACUGCGGCAGACACCGCAAAAUAAAAAUGUUAAAUACAUUCUAGCUGGGAGGGGAUUGAAGCCUCCACGCUCAAUCAAAGGUUUGCAAUAAUAGGAUUCAUAAAAAAAAAAAAAAGGACAGAUGGGAUUAGAAAAUGUUGCAGUGAAGACUGUGGAAUGAGAUGAGCUCACAGCACCAGCCUGUCUUUUGUGGACCUGCACAAUGAUCCCCGAGCCAGACUGGAUUAGGAAACCUCGCGACUAGGAGUCCGGAGAGAGGCCUCGGGUUCCCAGGCACUUCGGGGAGAGAAGGCAGACACGAUGCAUCAGAUCUACAGCUGCAGUGACGAAAACAUAGAAGUUUUCACCACCGUGAUUCCUUCCAAGGUGUCCAGUCCAGCCAGAAGAAGAGUCAAAAGUUCUCAACACCUCUUGACCAAGAAUGUGGUGAUCGAGUCGGACCUGUACGCGCACCGGCCCCUGGAGCUGCUGCAGCACCGCGGUGACCGCAGGGACCCGGGCGACGGCCGCAGGGUGGGCCGGCUGCAGACCGCGCGGCCGCCGGGGGCGCCUCCCGCCAAAGCCCUCGCCAGACCCGUGGGGAUUUCGGAACCCAAAGCAUCGAAUCUGUGUGGGAAUCGAGCAUAUGGAAAAUCUUUGAUUCCGCCAGGGCCCCGGAUCUCGGUGGAGGCGGCAGCCCCUGGCUCGGAGAAGGGAGCUGCUCUGACGAGAGGAUCCAGACAUCUCAAGAAGAUGACCGAAGAGUACCCAACCCUUCCCCAAGGAGCAGAAGCCUCCCUACCGCUGACAGGAAGUGCUUCCUGCGGUGUCUCCAGCAUCCUCCGGAAAAUGUGGACAAGGCACAAGAAGAAGUCGGAAUAUGUAGGAGCCACUAACAGCGCCUUUGAGGCUGACUAAAGGUGACCCUCCCCAGAUGUCCCACACUGGCCAAGGUUCCCUGGACGAGGGGAGAAAGCUCCAGGAUCAGAGCUGAGCCACACUCAGCUGGCCCCAACAUAUCAUCCUCCCUCACUAACUGGUCACCCUGGCUUAGGGCACGGAAAACAAUGUCCCUUGAAGGCAAAAUAAAACUGUGCAAAUUGCUAAAGUCAUUAGUCUGAAAGUGACUUUAGGAGCUCCUAAAGUUUAUAUCCCCAUCUUUAUGCAAAACCACACCAGCCCAUUUUAAAGACCUCCAAGAAAAGAAGAGGAGGACUCCUCUGUCUUCCUGUGAGUUGUUCUAAAGUGUUUAUUUUCUGGUGUAAAUUUAAGAGCUUGACUUUGAGGCAUUUGUAAACAUGAUGGUUCUUACUGUUCCCAUUAUCACAUUGAUUUCACCUGGAUGAGGUACAAUUUUGAAGGACAAAGCAUUAUCUAUUAACUUAGUAGUUCUAAUAUACACUUGAGAGUAUCAUCAAGAUCGAUUUUGGUGGUCAUUUGGCAUGACUGCAUGAAUUCUCUAUUUUCUGUGCAGUUUUUCUAUAGAAAAACAUUAAAAAUUAAAUGUUGAAUGCUAAUGUUUUCUGAAGUGGUAUUAUCAUAAUACCUUACUUUGGUGUAAUGAUUCUAACUUCUGAAAGUGCUUUCUCAUCCCUUAACUCUUCUUAUCUUCACAAAGCCCUGUUGAGGAAAGCACCAUUCUUCCCAGAUAUAGAUGGAGAAAUUGAGAGCUGUGGGGGUUACGUGACUAGAUACUGGGAAGGGGAACUAGACCCCAGGUCCUCAACUUCUCUCCGGCAGACUCCCUGCUUUGCUUCCUCUAAGCAACUGAUUUGAGGAAGUUUUUGAAUGGUGGAAGUGAGUCUCUAGGGGACAACUUCUGAGGGAAGAAUCUGAAAAGGUUGGAACAAGUAAAGUGAUUUGAAUGAAACACAUCAUCAUAUAUUAUUAGGUUGACCCAGAAGAAAUUGCCAUUUUGUAUGUCAAAAACAUUGAAUAUCAAUUUGAUGCGGUUCAACCUAAUACAUAAUAUUAUACUUUCCUUCUUUCCAUGGAAAUGUCACCGUGAAGUCCAUUGUCAACAUCGGUAGCCUUAAAAUGACAAUAUACUACUACUAAUGAUAGCUAUCAUUUAUUAAAUGCCUACUAUGCUCCAUGGAUGAUACUGGGCACUGUACAUACAUAAUCCUAAUCUUUCUAGCAGCUCUCAGUGAGGUGGUCUUACCCAUUUAAUAGACACCAAUUCAAAGGGGUUAGAUGAUAAGACUGAAGGCACUUAACUCAUAAGUGUCUUCAGGCUUCAGUGCCUGUGUUAUAUCUACUCCUUCAUGCAAAAUAGUUCAGCACAUAGAGAUGUACCAAGGUUACUAAAUAGUUUUCAUCUCAAGUGCUAAACAAAAU